UCUGCGCUGGUGUUGCUGCAGACAGACAGACAGGAGGUGAGACACGUAGGGUGCGCGCGCCGGCCAGCAGCAGCUCGCGCUGAGACCAGGACCAGGACCAGGACCAGGACCAGACCGGACACGAUGAGCUGCAACUGGGGCACCGAGCUGUGGGACCAGUUUGAUAACCUGGAGAAACACACCAGCUGGGGCAUUGACUUCCUGGAGAGAUACAGCAAGUUUGUGAAGGAGAGAGCCGACAUCGAGCUGAGCUACGCCAAGCAGAUUAGGAGUCUGUCUAAGAAGUAUCACCCCAAGAGGAGCAGAGAGGACGAGAGCAGGUACACGUGGUGUCUGGCCUUCUCAGCGACGCUCCGUCAGCUGAACGAGCUGUCAGACCAGAGAGAGGAGCUGGCUGAGAACCUCAACUCCCAGAUAGUGUGUGAACUCACACGCUACACACAGGAAGUGAAGGCUGAGAGGAAGACUCAUUUCCAAGAUGGCCGCCGUGCCCAGCAGCACAUUGAGAGCUCCUGGAAACAACUGGAGUCUAGUAAACGUCGCUUUGAGCGCGACUGCAAGGAGGCGGAGCGAGCGCAGCAGGUGUCCGACAGAAUCGACCUGGACAACAAGACGGCUGGAGAGAAGCGCUGCGCACUGAAGGCUCGGCAGACGGCUCAACAGAAAAAACAAGCUGCUGAAGAGUCCAGGAAAGACUAUGUGACCAGUUUAAACCAGUUUAACCAAGACCAGCACCAGCACUACCACACCCUGGUCCCAGUUAUCUACCAGCGUAUCCAGGACAUGGAGGAGCGGCGCAUUGAGAGGAUCUGUGAGUCGAUGCGCUCCUCGGCGGAGGCGGAGAGGAAGGUGGUUCCUGUGGCGAGCAGCUGCCUGGACGUCAUGAUGGACGCCGCCGAGGGCAUCCAGCCCCGCAUGGACACCCAGCAGGUGGUGGAGGUGUACAAAUCGGGCUUCGACCCCCCAGGUGACGUAGAGUUUGACGACUACAGCGCGGCAAUGAGGAGGAGCAUCUCUGAGUCCAGUUACCUAGACAACCGACUGGAGGGGCGGAGACACAGCAGGAAGCUGUGGCCCUUCAUCCGGAAAAACAAGUCAAGGUGGUUGCACACUUCUCUCUCUCCCUCCUCCUCCCCCUCCCCAACCUCACCUUUACCUGGGGUCGUCGACAGCAGUCCCCAGUCCCUGCCCCCUGCCUCCAGAGAACCAAUCGCACAGCGGCUGAAUGACCUCAUGACCUCUGGCUCCAGAACCAGGAAGCAGUGUCUGCGCAGCCUCAAGAGAGGGCUGUCUCUCAAACUGUGCUCCGGUCCUGUAGACUGCAGUCAUCUUCCUCCUGAACAGAGAAGAAAGAAACUUCAAACCAGAAUCAACAACAUCAACCAGGAGAUUCAGAGAGAGAGGGAACAGAGAGACGCUCUUUUGAAGAUGAGAGAAGUUUAUGACCAGAACCCUCAGAUGGGCGACGCCCACAGCGUCGCGCCCCGCCUGGAGGAGGUGAAGCAGAGUCUGGAGAGGCAGGAGGAGGAGCUGAGGAGGAACCAGGCGUGGCUCUCUGAGGCCUCUGACCUCAGCAGCAGGAGACAAAGUGGAGGUUGUGGGUUGAACUCCGAGGAAACGACGGCCGGCAGCAGCAGCUUGAAGCAGCUGGACAACCGGAGCCCAGCCAGCAGAGAGAGUCCCGAUGGCAGCUACACUGAGGACCACAGUGCCGAGCUUCAGUUUAAAUCCCGUAGUUCAGAGUUUGAUGAUGACUUUGAGGAUGAAGAACCGUUACCCAGUAUUGGCACCUGCAAGUCCCUUUACCCGUUCCAAGGACAAAAUGAAGGCACUCUGUCGCUGGUGGAGGGAGAACUUCUUUCUGUGGUGGAAGAGGACAAAGGUGACGGUUGGACCAGAGUGCGGAGGAACCUGGAGGAGGAGGGAUAUGUCCCCACCUCCUACAUCAAAGUCUUCCUGGACAGCAGUGCCAAAGGCUUUGUGCAGAGUAGUCGGCUAGUCUAGUAUUCCACCAGGGAGGACGUCUCGCCAAGGGAAGGGAUGUAAAGGAAGGUAACAGCUUGUCACCGGACAGUUUAACUCUUCAGAUAUCAGCCAAUCAGAUGACUCUCCUGGGGACUGAGGGAUGGAAUAAUACACCAGAGACCAGAUACUAGACAGGGCCAAAACACAGAUAAUGUGCCAUCAGAACUCGGAUAUUAGACAUGGCCUUAACACAGAUAAUGUUUCAUAGCAGAAUCCAGAUAUUAGACAGGUCCUAAACACAGAUCACAUGUUAUAUCAGAACCCAGAUAUUAGACAGGUCCCAAACACAGAUAAUGUGUCAUCAGAACCCAGAUAGCCUAUUAGACAUGGCCUUAACAGAGAUAAUGUUUCAUAUCAGAACCCAGAUAUUAGACAUGGCCUAAACACAGAUAAUGUGCUAUAAUAACCCAGAUAUUCGACAGGUCCUAAACAAAGAUAAUGUGCGAUCAUAACCCAGAUAUUAAACAGGUCCUAAACCAAGAUAAUGUUUCAACAGAACCCAGAUAAUAGACAGGUACAAAACAUAAAUCACAUUUCUUAUCAAACCCAGAUAUUAGACAGGUCCCGAUCAGUGGGGCUCUGCUCCAUAUACAUGUAUUUAUUGUAGAUUAUCACAUUAAUAAUUGUUCAUAACUUAAAGUGUUCCUCUUAAUUAGUUUUAUUUAAAAAAUACACAUACAUGUUUUCAUUAGUUAAAAAAAAUAUUACAGCUAUUUAAACUAAAUCCUGAUCUUACAAUCAAAUUGAUCUCUUUUUAUUUCACAUUGAGUCCAAAAUGAUGCGUUUAUGUUUUUUGUGCUUGUAAUUGAUUGACAGCUGACCUGAGAUCAGCUGCUGUAAUAAACCUUUUGAAUGUUGGUAAUGUUAUUGAAAAGAAAACAAUCCUAUUGGCCGAGAGAUAACACAGAGGGGAACAACUUGUGAGGUCACAGUGAUGUCACAGUGAUGUAAACAGCGUGUAAAUAGAAACUGUAGCUGCAUAGGUGUAGCCCCGCCCCCUAUGUCCCUGCUGAUAUUAGCCCUGCCUGUGGAUUAACCCAUGUCUAUUAGCCCCGCUCCUGCGACUGACACCGCCCCCUGCUUGGUGACGAUGAUGAUGAUGAUGAUGAUGAUGAUGAUGAUAUUGAUUGUGUGAAAUGUGAACUUUUUUUAUUUCAUAGUGAGAUAUUGAUCAGUUAUUGAUUUUUUAAAUUAAAACGUGAGACUGCUGAUCACGCGCUUUUCAACUUCCUGUAUGUUAAAAUUUCAAAAUAAAGUACACUGAUCAAAAAAG